GCACUUAACAGAUGCUUGUUGGUGCUGAUAUUGCAGACAGUUGGGAAAAUGCAUGGAGGCAAUCAGACUGGGGUCUCUGACUUCCUCCUCCUGGGGAUCUCAGAGAAUCCUGAGCAAGAGCGGGUCCUGUUUUGGAUGUUCCUGUCCAUGUACCUGGUCACGGUGGUGGGAAAUAUGUCCAUCAUUUUGGCCAUUGGCUCUGACUCCCGCCUGCACACUCCCAUGUACUUCUUCCUGGCCAACCUCUCCUUCACCGACCUCUUCUUCGUCACCAACACAAUCCCCAAGAUGCUGGUGAACCUUCAGUCCCAGAACAAAGCCAUCUCAUACGCGGGGUGUCUGACCCAGCUCUACUUCCUGGUCUCCUUGGUGACUCUGGACAACCUCAUCCUGGCCACGAUGGCAUAUGACCGAUACGUGGCCAUCUGCCGCCCGCUCCACUAUGUCACAGUCAUGAGCCCUGGGCUCUGUAUUUUGCUCCUCACCUCAUGUUGGGCACUUGCUGUCCUCUAUGGCCUCAUGCUCACCCUCCUCAUGACCAAGGUGACUUUCUGUGGGUCCCGGAAGAUACACUACAUCUUCUGCGAGAUGUACGUCCUACUGAGGCUCGCCUGUUCCAACACUCAGAUCACUCACACAGUGCUGAUCACCACAGGCAUCUUUAUCUUCCUCACUCCCUUUGGGUUCAUGAUGGUGUCCUAUGUCCGGAUUGUCAGAGCCAUCCUCCGAAUACCCUCAGCUUCCAGCAAAUACAAAGCUUUCUCCACCUGCGGUUCCCACUUGGCUGUGGUCUCCCUCUUCUAUGGGACCCUUUGUAUGGUAUAUCUGCAGCCCAUCCAAACCUACUCCAUGAAGGACUCAGUAGCCACAGUGAUGUAUGCUGUGGUGACCCCCAUGAUGAAUCCUUUCAUCUACAGCCUGAGGAACAAGGACAUGCAUGGGGCUCUGGGAAGGCUGUUUCGAGGGAAAGGCUUUCAGAGGUUGACAUGA